GCUGUGUUCUCAGAAUGUUCACGGCAAAGUGAAGUCUGCUCAUUGGAAACUCAUCUCUCACCAGCCCUCCCGGAAGCAGGGGCUUGAGUAUCUCCUGGGAUGCCGGUGAGGGUGGGCGCCGACUCGUGUGAAGCUGAGAAGGUCUCCUGAACGCCGAAUGGCAUCACGGAUGGAGUUUGUCCAUGACGUUGGAGGUCACGCAGAAGCAUAUAGUUCGCUUAAAAUAAAUGGAGAAUCAUGAUGAAAGAUUCGUUUUCAUUGCAGAGUGGUAUGAUCCAAAUGCUUCACUUUUUCGGCGUUAUGAACUUUUAUUUUACCCAGGGGAUGGGUCUGUUGAAAUGCAUGAUGUGAAGAAUCACCGCACCUUUUUAAAGCGGACCAAAUAUGACGAUCUUCAUUUGGAGGAUUUAUUUAUAGGCAACAAAGUGAAUGUCUUUUCUCGACAGCUGGUGCUGAUCGACUAUGGGGAUCAAUACACAGCUCGCCAACUGGGCAGCAGGAAAGAAAAAACGUUGGCUCUGAUUAAACCCGAUGCAGUAUCGAAAGCUGGAGAAAUAAUUGAAAUGAUAAACAAAACUGGGUUUACUAUAACCAAACUCAAAAUGAUGAUGCUUUCAAGGAAAGAAGCAAUGGAUUUUCAUGUAGACCAUCAAUCAAGGCCCUUUUUAAAUGAGCUGAUCCAGUUUAUUACAAGUGGUCCUGUCAUCGCCAUGGAGGUUUUGAGAGAGGAUGCCGUAUGUGAGUGGAAAAGACUGCUUGGACCCGCGAAUUCCGGGAUGGCUCGUACGGAUGCUCCCGAAAGCCUGAGAGCUCUCUUUGGAACCGAUGGCAUAAGAAAUGCAGUUCAUGGCCCUGAUUCUUUUGCUUCAGCUGCCAGGGAAAUGGAGUUAUUUUUUCCUUCAAGUGGAGUUUGUGGACCAGCAAACACUGCUAAAUUUACAAAUUGUACCUGUUGCAUUAUUAAGCCCCAUGCCAUCAGUGAAGGACUGCUGGGAAAGAUCCUCAUGGCUAUCCGGGAUGCAGGUUUUGAAAUCUCAGCUAUGCAGAUGUUCAGCAUGGAUCGAGUUAAUGUUGAAGAGUUUUAUGAAGUUUAUAAAGGAGUGGUGUCUGAAUAUAACGAGAUGGUGACAGAAGUGUGUUCUGGCCCUUGCGUCGCAAUGGAGAUUCAACAGAGUAAUCCUACAAAGACAUUUCGAGAAUUCUGUGGACCUGCUGAUCCUGAAAUUGCCCGGCAUCUACGCCCUGGAACCCUCCGAGCCAUCUUCGGUAAAACUAAGAUCCAGAAUGCCGUUCACUGUACCGAUCUACCAGAGGACGGCCUCUUAGAGCUUCUCUCCAGUCCUGGCUGUGUCAGACGGGCCCUGCGGUGGGCUGAUCACUAGAAUAAGCACACGGAGAAGCCACAGGCAUCAGGGCCCCAUCCAACGUCACCACAGCACACGGAGGCUGGCACGCCGAUGCUCCUUCUACGACAAAGACCUCUCAAAGAAGCUUCACAGAUUCAGCAUUUUUCCCCAUUACCCCUCCAUGCAUGGAAUUUGUUACCCAAUCCCAGGUGUCAGAGACCUCUGCUCUGCUCAUUUACCACAAAGGAACCCCCAGAGUAAGACUCAUUUUUCUGGGGCUCCAGGAACAUCGCGAAGUUAAUCACGAGGCUUCCUGUGUCCCCAAGAGCUAACUGAUUAGUUUUAUCUUGGUCUUUACAAAGGAAUAAAUAGUCACAUGGGCUGGUGAGCUGCUGACGCCACACAGUGGGGCCGGCGCUCUCUGAAGAAGGAGAAAAUCCCAACAGCAACCAGGGCGAGCCCAACAAGAGCCACGGAGUCUGGGAGUAAGCUGGCAGGAGUCCUCUGAGGCUGGGGAGGGAGGAGGAGGGGGAAUGUGGGAGGCAGCAGGCCUGGGGAGCACGGAGCCUUCAGCACGUCUGCUCAGAGUACAAAUCAGAGGGAUCUAAUGGAAACAGCAAAGGAAAACAAAAGCAAAAACAAAAACACCCAACGGGCACUUUGAAAUAACAAUCCCUCCAGCCUAGAAGGAAGCCCAGCGUUUCCAAUUCUCCCUUUGAAAUGUGAGAGUAAUGCAAGCGACAGUUUGAGAAACUAGGCACCUGAGACAGAUGUAAGGAUUUUGCUAAGGGGCGCCUGGGUGGCUCCGUGGUUAAGCCUCUGCCUUCGGCU